AUGGAGUGGAUUGAAAGACCCCUAUCCUGGCUGCUCGCCAACCGCAAGGGCCAUGACGCGGGCCUCAUCCAACAUACCCCUCCUUUUGCAGAGCAUCCCAAACCAUCAGUCACGGUUGGAUGUCCAGAUAUCGGACCAUCCGGCUCGCAAAUCCCAGUCAAGUACAGCUUCUUCGGAGAAGACCUCUUCCCAACUCUCAAAUGGUUUGCGCCGCCGGUCAUCGCCGACAACAUCAAAGAGUGGCUCCUUGUCGUUGAAGAUCCGGAUGCACCACUGGCUGAGCCUGUUGUGCAUGGUCUGUACUACGGUAUUCCUGCGAGCAAGUGCAGUGUAUCGAACGAGGACUUUAAGCCCACUGCUGCGGGAAGCCAUGUCCUCAGGGGCGGGUUCAAGUACGGGGCUAAUCGUCGGGGAACGAUCUACAUCCCUCCGCGGGGAAUGCUCGGCCAUGGACCGCAUCGAUACUUCUUCCAGGUGAUUGGGCUGUUGGAGCCAUUAGUUGUAAGUAAGUUGGGGGCUGUGGUUACCAAGGCGGAGAUUAUCCUGCAAAGAUCUGCUACUAUUCCACCAAAUCCCUUGGUCCUAGCCUUGAGGCCAACUACCGAUGCCGGCCCUGAACCGGGCCUCCAAAAUGGGGCAGCCCGCAGUCUGUGCGGGUCUAGCUUAAAUACAUCGUUUGGAUCAGGGUUGCAAAAUUUCUGGUUUCACAAGAUCUGA